AGCUUCAGUUUGUGCUGCAUCGGACGGGAGAGCUGAAGGGGGGGAGGGGGGAGGAGGUCAACGAGAAGAUCUGCAGGAGGGUGAAGGAGCUUCUGAGUCUUCAAGGAGUCUCAGCUGACGAGUCUGCCAUGGGCCUCUGCCGCUUCUUCGAGGAGGAGACCUGGCAAAGGGCCUACGCCCCCUCCCUCCUCAAGAAGAUGAGAGACGAGAGGUACGUCGCCCUAGCGGAUAUUCUUCCGCAAGCGACGGUGCGGGUGCUGCAGCGCUACUACCGGAGGAUCAUCGAGACGAGGUAUAAGAUCAGGUUUGCAGAGAAGACGCGGCGCUGGGAGUUCGAGGAGGCGCCGAUCGCCAACCUCGUCAACCUCCAGCUCUCCGACCUCGUCCAGCGCAUCACCGGAGAGAACAUCGUCCCCACCUACGCGUUUCCCGUCCACUACGUCUCAGGCGGUCACAUCUGGCCGCAUCUGGAUGUGCCGGAGAACGAGAUUUCCCUCACAAUGCAGCUCGAUCUCACCCCGGCUGACGGCGAGUGGCCGCUUAUGCUGGAGGCGCCGCGAACCAAAGAGUUGCGAGGCGUGUCGAUGCGGAACAACGAUGGCGUACUGUACCGGGGAACCGAAGUCGUACACUGGAGGGACAAAAUGCCGGACCAAUACCAGGUCAUGCAGCUCAUCUUUGCCUGGCGGGCAACCAACAUGUCGGGAUGCAACGCACAGUAGGAGAGCCAAUGUCAAGGAAGGAUACAAUACAACAAGCUUCACAUUG